UGAAUUAAACGUGAUUGCUGGUUCAUUCUCUUUCGUUUUGAAUCUAAGAACAGAGCAGUUUUUUUCCUAACCAAAUGGGAUACGAAGUAACGCGUUUCAUUCAUAAAGUUGAUGACGAAUUUCGUUGCGCAAUUUGCUUGGACAUCUUUCAAGAUCCUGUGCAAACGGAGUGUGAACAUGCAUUUUGUCGGGAAUGCAUAACGAAAUCGUUAGCCAUCAACAAUUGCUGUCCAGUCGAUCGACGUCGAAUAAGAUCGAAUGAGUUGAACGCGCCGCCAAGAAUUUGGUUGAAUUUUUUGAACAAAUUGGAGAUGAAAUGCGAUUUCCGAUCGAAAGGUUGCAAAGACAUUGUGAAAUUGGAGAAUUUUCAACAACAUUUGAACAACUGCCAAUACGACCCUGAUAUUAUUGUGUGUGAUAAAGGCUGUAAGCUUCAGAUCACUCGUCGUGAAUAUGACCACAACAAUUGUUUGCAACAUUCAUUGAACCGAGUGAGACGUUUAGAAGAGCAAAUUAACAAGUUGAACAUCGACAAAACGAAAAAUUCGUCAGCUACUGCACUGGUGGUGAAUACACCAUCAAACGAACCAAUGUGGAAGAGAAAGGUCAAUAUGUUCAUUACUAUGGAUCAAUCGAAUUACAUUUUGAAAGCCCACGACGAGGCUUAUAAAAAUAUCAGGCCUGUUGCUCAAGCCAAUUAUUCCCUGACACCAGCAAACUCUUCUUUUCAUGUAAAUUUUGACUCGCAUGGUUUCAUAGGACUGGCUUGUAAGGAAUUUGAAACUUCAGGCGAUUGGUUUCCUCAGUCACAUGGAUAUAUCUUUGCGCAUAUUUAUAGGAAUUGGGAUAAAAUUCGAUUGUAUCACAAUACUACCAAUAGUCCGCAUGAAGACUUUGAUAAGUAUGAGUUAGAUAAUGGGCCCGUCAAAUGUAGCAUUACAUUCCAGCACGAUUUCGACGCUAGUCGGGAUAAUUUCGUUGAAGUGUGCUUCUCUAUCAAUAAUGUAAUUCAUGCGCGGAAAAUAAUGAAAAUGCCUCGUGACGGAUUAUUUCCAACAAUUUAUUUAAACAAAGGCAACACAUGUACGUAUUUUAUGAAUUAA